GAGUUUAGCUGGGUGAGCGAGUGUUUGCGGGCGAUGGAGAACGGAGCGGUCUACAGUCCCACCACCGAGGCGGCCCCGGGCACUGGCAGGGGUGCGCGCAGCGGCCUGGCCGCCUACUUCGUCCUGGGCAGGCUCCCUUGGCAUCGGCGCAUCCUCAAAGGCUUGCAGCUGCUGCUGUCUCUCCUGGCCUUCAUCUGUGAAGAGGUUGUGUCCGAGUGUGGGUUGUGUGGAGGCCUCUACUUCUUUGAAUUUGUGAGCUGUAGCGCCUUUCUCCUGAGCCUCCUCCUGCUGAUCGUGUACUGCACCCCAGUGCACGACAGAGUGGAUACUGGAAAAGUCAAGUCAUCGGAUUUUUACAUCACCCUGGGAACUGGGUGUGUGUUCCUGCUGGCAUCUAUCAUUUUUGUCUCCACCCAUUCUGGGACCUCAGCUGAAAUUGCUGCAAUUGUGUUUGGCUUCUUGGCAAGCUCCAUGUUCCUACUGGACUUCGUUGUCAUGCUGUGUGAGAAGCUGCGGGAGAGCCCGCUGAGAAAGCCCGAGAACAACGCAAAGGUGGAAGCCCUCACCGAACCACUGAACGCUUAAAGACACAGAGCCGGGGUGUGGACCCAAAGAGAGGCUCCCUCUGUGUGACCUGUGUCGUGUGUGCACCUUUUGGAGAGAAGGGAAGGGACAGGAGAGCAGCUUUACAGCGCUGGGCUGGGUGGCAGUGCUGGGCUGGGUGGCAGCCCCAGCAGGAAGCUCAGAGGGUUUGUAAUAAUGCUUGGAACCUGUCGCGAGUGGAGGAGGAUUGUUUGUUUUGUUUUGUUUUGUUUGUUUGUUUUGUUUUGUUUUUAGAGAUGAGGACUGCUGUCCUUUGAAUUGCAUGUCUGUCAUUUUGCUAUAGGACGCCCCUCACCACGCUUACCUUCCAGACUGUGCCUUUUCCGUCCUUUCAGGAACCGGUUAACUUCUGUUGUUGCCGGAGAUUUAAUGAGUGUUUAAGAUGCUGGUGUAGGCGUCUUUCCUUAAUGUUAUGAUCCUUUACUGUAUCUUACUCAGCCUUACACUUAAUGUGCUAACCUCUUAAAGCAAUUAUUCUUAAUUCCUUCUGAGCCAUGCAUUGCCUAACAGAAAGCGUGUGGGCUGGUGCUGUUUAUGUGUGUGAAAGCAACCGUGUAGCAGCCUUGUGGAGGCUUUUACAUUGCACUGUGAUUGCUGAGAUUAAGUUUAGAAGAAAAUGAAGUUAUGUAACACUGGAAAGUGAGGGAGCUGAUAGUCUAUCUAAAGACCAAAGAGAGAAGAGACUGUCCCGCACCGCGGGUGUAAUCACAUGGCUAGGCCUUUGCAACUCGGCAGAGAUGUGAGGGUCGGUGCUGUGUUCACCCGUGCAAACAGGGUUGAUGGCGUCAAACUAGAGACUUGUGGGUCUCCCUCCGGGCAGAUGGUUUCUGCUCAAGCGAGCACAGCUCCGCAGGCUUCUCUGCAGAGCCUAGGCUGGGAUCUCUGGCCCGCCAGAUUCUCCUUCCUGACUUUCUCUAGAAUGGUCCCGUGCCCUGCCGUGUGCCGUCUGUGAAGGCCAGUGCUCGCUCUUCCUCUCUGUUCUCUUCCCAUUGUCAGCCGUCUCCAGGCCAUCCAGAGGUGUGUCCCUUCUCACCAGGAGUCUGAGGCAGAGGUGUCAGGUCCGUGUUCCCUCCCACAGGCCUCUGCUUGGGUUUCUUUCUCUCCAGGGGAGAGGUCUUGAAGAUGUAAACCCCUGAAGCCCUGCUAGUGAGUACUGCUGGUGGUGUGGGGAGGCCGCAGGCCUCCUGGGACUCUGGAAGGAUCGCUUGCUGCUGGAGGGCUGUCUUAGAACCACUGGGCGCCCUUCCGACCCGGGGGACCCUUCUUCCCUUCUUGCCUUCUUCCUAGAGCUUGAGCGAGAUCCAGCACGUCCAGGCCUUCUGUGCACUGGCCAAGGUUUCCCAGGCUGGGCUUUCUCUUUGGAGUGGUGCGAUGGAUCGUGUUUCCGGGGAUUCACUGUAAAGUCCCCGUCCUUUCCAGUGUCUUGCGUGCCUGGUGUGUGGAAGGAGAUGGUUUCAGUUUCCUAGUGAGGCUGUGGCAGUUCUUGGAAGUGGAUGAAUCUGGGCACACAGCUUCUGCCCUGUCCCUGCCUCACUGCCUGAUCUGCUGUCCUCAAGGUUUACAUACUGGUGAUGUCACCAUAGCUGCUCUGGAGAUCAUGAAACUGAUCCUUAACAUUGCCUUACUGGACAUGCCAUUCCAGAGAGGGGACAGUAGGCUCUUGAAACCAAGAAUAGAGAAGUUCAAAAGUAACCAGUCUAUUGCAGACAAUUUUAGAGUUUUAUAUCAAGCUGUGCUGUAAAUAUCAUUUAGACCUAUUGAGAAUUAACAGCAAAUCUGAGCUACUUUAGUGUUACCAACUAUUAGUCUGCUGACUGUUUCUAUAACAAAAUACCUGAGACAAUCAACUUAAAAAGAGGAAGGGUUGGGGAAAAGGUUAAUCUUGGCUUGCAGUUUUGUAGGCUUUGGCCCUUAGUCAGACCUGCUGUUUUAGACAGCAACACAUCACUUGGGGAGUUUGUUGUAGAUCUGGAAGCAAGGAAAGAAGGGCGGUGGCUUGAGGUCCUGAGGUCACUUAAGGGCACACCCUCUCUGACCUAAGACCUCACUAGGCCCCGCCUCUAAAGGUUUCUGACCUCAAUAGUGCCUUCCUGGAGAACUAGUUUCUAACUCUCAGGCCCUUGGGGACAUUGCAUCUCAGUAGUAGGUGCCUCUCUACCUGUGUUUGGCUUGUUCAUGAUUGGCAGACACUCUGCCUGGCUCUGCACAGCAGCGGCUCAGCAUCAGCAUCCAGCUGCUUGCUGUGUGUUAGUUGUCUCACAGCUGAGGGCUCUGCCUCGGCUACUUCAGGCUUUCCGGUUAGGAAGAUAAUUUGGUCACUUGUGUCUGUGGCCACUCUUAGAAUUUUCUCUUUUGAGGGAACCUGUGACUGGUUGGCUUUUGCAUUCUAUGGAGGGAGAUGGGGUUAAAGACUGUGGCAACACACACCCUCCAGAAGAGCUGGGACCAGAGACUGUCAGCACAGAAAGGACAAUGUCUUUUUUAGUAGCUGUGGCAGACUUGAGUUGCUGUAAUUUAUACAAAUUGUUUAGAAUGGUUUUUAAGACUAAGAAGGGAAAUAUACUUAUUGCACAAGACUUUUAUAAUUACUAUACUUAAAUUAUGCUCUAUGUGGGGACUGAGAAGUGUAUUUCUACGUUGCUUAUAUCUGAUCACUUUUGUAUUUGUUGAUUUAAAGCCUGUGGGUCUUUUUUUUAAUCACUCUUAAUAUCAACUUUUAUAAUCUUUUAAAAUAAAUCCUCUUAAUUCCA